UCCGGGUCGCUGGCGACCGUGGCCUGGCGGCCGGGCCGUGCUCCGUGCGUGCCCGCGCGUGUCGCCUGCAGGCCCGGGCCGACCGUUCCGCGGGCUAGGGGAGCGCCGAGGGCAGCCGAGGGCACGAGGGAACCGGGGGAAGCGGGAGCUGGGUGAGAACCGCGGCAGGAGCCGGGGGCGCGGAGGCGGCCAGCCUGAGACAGCUCUCUGCCUCUGCUGAAAAGCCGUCCUCUGCACAGCUAGACAGGGAGAGACGUUGCUGCUUGAAACCGCGUUGCCUGCAGACGCUAAGCUGGGAGGCCGCCCCGCACAGGGAAGCAGCCCCGAUUCCCUGGAGCGCAGCCCCGGAUAAGGGGCUUCCGACCCAGCAUUGCACAUUUGGCUUGAGCUUAUGUCCCCGAGUCGGCUUCUCAGCCCCUUGUGAUGUUAACUGCAUGACACACGGCCCUGCGCCGAAUCUUUCAGAGGCGACUUCGUGUUAAACUUCACCUAAACUCCUUCCCGGAAUGAUGCCUGUCCCUGUGCGAGAAGGCAGGCGCUCCUCUGCCGUGUCUCCCUUGCCGCAGCUAGUAAACAUCACUUCGUUGUGGGUGGACAGGUGUGCCCCUGGUGUUCUGUAGCAAAGGAACUUGAAGUUUUAUCAUCGGCCUCCUGAAGCCGGGAGCCUCGGAGUGCAAAACUAUAUAUAUAUUUUUUGAAAGGAUGGCCCGUACUUUGGAACCACUAGCAAAGAGGAUCUUUAAAGGAAUUUUGGUAGCCGAACUUGUAGGCCUUUUUGGAGCAUAUUUUUUGUUUAGCAAGAUGCACACAAGCCAAGAUUUCAGGCAAACAAUGAGCAAGAAAUAUCCCUUCAUCUUGGAAGUUUAUUACAAAUCCACUGAGAAGUCUGGAAUGUAUGGAAUCAGAGAGCUGGAUCAAAAAACAUGGCUGAACAGCAAAAAUUAGAUCCAGUCAUCACGUUCAGCCUCCCAUCUAAGCUGUUUGAGACCUUUGGGAGAAGAAAAGAUGAGUGUACUACCACACUGUAGACUCCUGGCGGUCCCACAGAACAUGCUGCUGAGUCACAGGAACUUCUAGCCUGCCUUGGCCUGCCGUUUCCCACCCACUAUACAAACCCACUGCUUGUUUGUUGCUUUUCUUCUCAUAUUUAUUGUCAAAGAUUAAUGUUUCAUAAAGAAAUGACUAAGGAAGGAAAAGAAACAAAUGCUCUAAAGAUCUUCUUUCCCCAAGCAGUUUUACUGGUGAAAUAAAAACCAGUAACAAUCAAUAUCAGAAAUAAUUAAAAUGUCUAUAAACAUGUAAAGUUACUUAGCAAACUCAUGCUAUAUAAAAAUGGCUCACUUCCCUAAAAAAAAGUAAUUUUUGUAGUCUGCAAGUUUUUUUUGUUUUUGUUUUUUUGCUCUAUAUACUUGUUAAUCUUACAUGUUCUCCUGAGAGAAGAUAAAGCCAUUCCUUCCAGGUUGUAAAGUACCAUGAAAAGGUCUUUCAAAAAUAUUCCUAUCAACCAGGCACGGUGGCUCACGCCAGUAAUCUCAGCACUUUGGGAGGCCAAGGUGGGCGGGUCACUCGAGGUCAGGAGUCCGAGACCAGCCUGGCCAACAUGGUGAAACCCCCUCUCUACUAAAAAUACAAACAUUAGCUGGGCGUGGUGGUGCAUGCCUGUAAUCCCAGCUACUUGGGAGGCUGAGGCAGAAUUGCUUGAACCUGGGAGAUGGAGGUUGCAGUGAGCCAAGAUUAUGUCACUGCAUUCCAGCCUGGGCGAGGGAGUAAGACGUUGUCUCAAAAAAAAAAUUAAAUUAAAUUUAAAAAAUUUCCUAUCUUCUGAAGUUCUAAGCCAAAGCUAUUUUUAAAACAUCAAUAAAAAAAUUUAAGUUACUUACUUGCAUUAUCUUUGUUAGCCAUGGCAUUCAUGCCAAUGUUAUCAAACUUGGAUCCCAUAUUUUCAUCCAAUAGAUGGCCAAACUUAAACAAAAAGAUAAAUUUAUUAGAAAACUAAAAAUAAUGUAGAAUAGCUAGACUCUCAGAACAGUACAUUAGCCUUACCUCUUCAGCAGAUACAAAUAGGCUGGAAUCAUUGAAGUUUCUUUUCUUUUUUCUUGGCCCUAAAAAAAUUUGUAAGUCUAUAUUAUUCAAUUAUAAAUCUAAUGAUUUUUAAAAAAUGCAAUGCAACAUGAUUUUAUUUUAAAAAUUAUACUUGGGUAAAAACACAAUUGCAAUAAUCUUCUAGCACCAUUAGGUAGCUGGCAUUUAAAUAUAAUUUGUUAGUAUAUAAUAUUUUUAAAAAGCUAACAACAUCCUAAUAGAACUGUUCAGAUGACAAGAGUGUCUUCUUGCUUUUCAGAUUUGGCCAGUGAUCGAAGUUUACCCAUAAGGGAAAUAACACAGUAUCAAGCAAUAGUAAAGUUAUCAGUUUGACAUGGAUGGGUUUUGAAAUACUUAAGACAAAACAUAAAAUUUAGUUCAGGGGUCUUAUUCUUUGGAGUGAAAGGAAAUUGAAAGUAUGUUUAUUAUGCUGUAAAUGAAGUUCUGUUUAUAACACUGAAAGAGGUUCUCCUUUAAACCACACCUACCUGUAGUACUGAAAGUAUAAACUUUUCCUGAAAAGUCUCUUUUCCUGAAACAAUUAUUCAAACUCUGCAUCUCUGAUAUCAAUGCCUCUAGCAGUACUAGAGCUGUAUUUUAAAAAGAGCUUUACUAAAUACACAUCAUAACAUUCAGCUAUUAUGUGUAUUAACGCAUUUAAGUGUAUUAAUGCAUUUUAGUAAAUUUACAGACUUGUUCAACCACAACCACAGUCUGAUUUUAGAACAUUUCCAUCAACUUCAAAAGAUCCUUGGUGCCAUUUGUAGUCCUCCAACCCACCUCCAAUCUAUCUUGUUUCUAUGACUUGCCUUUUCUGGCUGUUUCAUAUAAAUGGGAUCAAUAUGA